CUGCAUCUGCAGCUUGUGGAUCGUCACCACCUUUGGUACGUGGGCAUUAUUACGAUAAACGUCAAGUCCGUAGCCAGGACAGGAAUGGCCGGAGGAAGCUUGCAGAAUUAGAGCGUUGAAGGGACCGAGGACUUGAACUUGCACGAGAAUUCGGGUGAUCAUCGUCAGCAGUUGGUUGAGGCAAGACAGUCGAAAGGUCGAAAAAUGUCGAGUGGACAGAGCUCUGCAAGCAUUGGAGAAAGUAUCGGAAAAUGCAUUCGAUGCUUUGAGGCACAAGAUGUAGAAACACCAGAGGAGCUACUCGGAGGUGAUGUAGUGAUCAAGGGAACGGUCCUGUUGUCGAAAAAAUACUUGAUCGACUUCGCAGACUUGAGCUCUAAUUUCGUAGACAAUGCGCUGGAUCUUAUGGGUAGGAAGGUGACAUUUCAGCUCGUCAGUGUGGACCUCGAUCCCCAGACAAAUGCUCCAAAAGUCAGUACAAAAUAUCACAUCAGACACUGGGCGCUGACAGAUGACAUCAAGCCUGGUGAUUCAGUAUUUGCUGUGGACAACUAUAUGUACGUGGUUACUUUCAGGGUUCCGCACGACUUUGGGGAGAUCGGCGCCUUCUUUAUUAGAAACAAUCACAGAAACGAGUUUUAUCUUCUUAGUUUGACUCUAGAAAAUCCUGACAAGAGCACUAUUGAGUUCCCUUGCAACUCCUGGGUUUACAACACAUCAUACUACAAGAAUGAUCGUGUCUUCUUCAGCAACAAGAUGUACCUGCCGGAUGCCACGCCAGCAGGCUUGAAAGCGCUGAGAAGUCGGGAGCUGCAAGAGUUGCAAGGAGAUGGUACUGGAAUGAGAAAAGAAGGAGAACGCAUAUAUGACUACGACGUGUACAAUGACUUGCAGCUUGAAUCUGCACGUCGACCAGUUUUGGGGGGCUCAACGCAGUUCCCUUACCCUCGUCGAUGCCGAACCGGUAGACCAAAAGCAACGUAUGAUCCCAACUCGGAAGCCACACUCUCAGAAGCCGGGGUUUCAGCUAUUUACCUUCCCCGCGAUGAGAGGUUCACGAGAGUGAAAAAUUCGGGCUUUUUGGCGAGCGCUAUCAAGAGCAUAGCACAUUUCAUUGUGCCUGCCAUGACAAGUUAUUUCGACACCACUCCCAACGAAUUCGGUUCUUUCGACGAGAUUAAGUCCAUAUAUAACAUUGGAAUCAACCUGAAAGGCCAUCUGACAGGCUCUGACAUUAAAAGCAAGAGCAAGACCCCCGCUGACAACCCGUUUAUUCUCUUAGACACGAUCUUUGAUGCAGAUGGCUCCGAUAAGAGCAUUAUGCAUUUCCCGUCCCCAGAGAUCAUUGCAUCUGACGACAAAGCCUGGUUGCUCGACGAGGAGUUCGGACGUCAAACGUUGGCUGGGAUGAAUCCCUUAGCGAUCCAAUUAAUGACCGAAUUUCCUCCCACCAGUUCUCUAGACCCCGCGGUGUAUGGACCAGCGAGUGCUCUCCAAAAGAAGCACAUCCUGCCAAAUAUUGAGGGCAUGACCAUUCCAGAGGCAUUGAGUAAGAAAAGACUUUUCAUUGUAGAUCACCACGAUGCGUACAUGGUCUAUUUGGAGAAGAUCAAUUCAUUAGAUUUGGGAAAGUGUUACGCACCACGUGUUAUUCUAUUCUUCACAAGCAAAGGGCAAAUGAUGCCUAUUGCCAUAGAACUUUCUUUGCCUCCACCACCUGGACAAACCUCCGCCGUCAGAAGGGUAUUCACCGCACCUAAUGGUUCAGGAGCAAUGGGAGGUCAGAAGGAUUACUUGUGGGAAUUGGCCAAGCUUCACGCUGCGUCUGUCGACUUUGGAAUGCACGAGCUCAGCUCUCACUGGUUGAGGACUCAUGCGGUCAUGGAGCCAAUAGUCAUUGCAACUAAUCGCCAGCUAAGCGCAAUGCACCCUAUCAAUGCUCUCCUCUACCCAGUCUGCAAAAACACGAUGAACAUCAACUCAGCUGCUCGUGGGAGUCUCAUUAAUGCAACUGGCAUUCUAGAGAACAUUGUUACUCCAGGAAUGUACGCCAUGGAGAUGACCUCUGUGUUGUAUGGUACUUCUUGGAGGUUUGACAGACAAGGCCUUCCACAAGAUCUCAUCGCGAGAGGGAUGGCUGUCCCGGAUUCAACGCAACCUGGAGGGGUCAAAUUAGUCGUAGACGACUACCCUUUUGCUAAGGACGGUCUCGACUUCUGGGAAGCGGUAUACAGUUGGGUGUCCAAGAGCGUGAAUCUAGCGUACGCAUCGGACGAAGCAGUGCAGCAGGACGUAGAGUUGCAAAGUUGGUGGAACGAAAUUGUAAACGUAGGACAUGCAGACUUGAAAGAUGCGCCAUGGUGGCCCAAGGCCGACUCAAGAAGCAGCUUGGUGGAUAUCCUGACCACAAUAUCCUGGAUAGCAGGACCUCACCACGCCGCAGUCAACUUCGGGCAGUACGCAUACGCUGCCUUCACUCCCAACAGGCCUCCCAUUACCCGUAGAUUGAUACCCGAAAUGAAUUCAGUACAAUACUUCGAGCUCAUUGCCGACCCGGAAAGAUUUAUGCUAUCUUCUGCCAUUUCCGAAACGAGGGCUGUCAUCGCUAUGGCAUUAUUCGAGCUUCUGUCCACUCACUCCACUGACGAAGAAUACCAAGGUCAACGUCUCUUCAGUAACUGGACCUGCGACCCGCUUCUUCAGUCAGCAUUUUCAGAGUUUUCUGCAGCGAUGAAGGCCUUGGAGGAGAAGAUCAACGCCAGGAACACCGACCCCAGCUUAAGCAACAGGAUUGGAAAGGCUCAAGUACCAUACACUCUCCUUUUCCCUUCUUCCACGUCCGGCUUGACCGGCAGAGGAGUUCCGUACAGCGUCUCCAUCUGAGAUGUGCCAGUUCUUCACCUCCCAGUGACGAGGCGUAUCCUGUAAAUAUGCACUGCUUUGUAGUUUGAAGUCCCAUAGCAGCUCGAAAGAGCUUGCAGUGUACAUGCCUGUACAAAAUAUGUUUAGUACUGACAAAGACUUGGUUAGCUGCUUUAGGGACCAGGAAAACGACUGCAAAUGGAUGCACUCUAUUUGGCAGGGUUAAGACAAUGAAAGUGGUUGUAGUCUACUAAUACGGGAGCAAUAAGCGGUACAUCUAUACAUAUUGUAAAAUCGAAAAUAAACCAGUCUGAAACCGGUGAAAAGAUUACAAUAACAGAAAAAUUUACAGAAUCUGAAGUUGAUCAGGUCUAUUUCGAACAGAAUAUGUGUAACAUUUUUGCAACAACUAUCAGUCCAUCUUGAAGUAAUUUAUAGAUUAUUCAUUUCUAGGCAUUGAUCAACCUCAUCAGUUCCUGAUCAUGAAAUUGUGG